ACCCUCAAUGUAUCCCUGUUGCGGAUCUUGCCGAAGGUCUAGCUAGGCCAGAGUGGAACCAUUACACAACAGGUUCUCCACAAAUAAACGCUUCAGCUCGCUGCUGCUCGUCCUCACCUCCAGCCAUGAAUCCUGAUAUUUGCCGAGAACGAGAAAAUGCCACGUUUAACACGGAGACCCUCACCAACAUGCUGGACGGCAGUGCAGAGAAGACCAGGCGGAGAAGAGAAAUAGAGUCUCUAGUGAUCAAUGACCCUGACUUCCAGCACGAUGACCCAAACUUCAUGUCCCGCAGCGAGCGUUACGAUGCCGCCGUGAAGAAGAGCUCCCAGAUGAUCAUGAAGCUCAGAGAUUAUGGCAUCUCUGACCCAGAGGAGAUAUAUUUCUAUAAAAGAUGUGUCCAUCGUGGUUUUUCCGAGCCUCUGGACCUGCACCUGGGGAUGUUUCUGACGACCCUGCUGAACCAGGCUUCUCCCACGCAGCUCGACACCUUCUUCACACCCGCCUGGAACCUGGAGAUCGUCGGCACUUAUGCUCAGACAGAGCUGGGUCACGGCACACACAUCCGCAAGCUGGAGACCACGGCGACCUAUGACCCCUCCACUCAGGAGUUUGUUCUGAAUUGCCCAACAGUCUCCUCCAUUAAGUGGUGGCCUGGAGGACUGGGUAAGACUUCGAAUCACGCCAUUGUGUUGGCCCAGCUCUACACGCUGGGCAAGUGUCACGGCCUGCAUGCCUUUAUUGUCCCCAUACGCUGCAUGAAAACACACCAGCCUCUGCCAGGUGUGACUGUGGGUGAUAUUGGCCCAAAGUUUGGCUUUGAAGAGGUGGAUAACGGAUAUCUGAAGCUGGAGAACGUUCGUAUCCCACGCGAGAACAUGCUGAUGAAAUAUGCCCAGGUUGAGCCCGACGGGUCGUAUUUGAAGCCUCCUAGUGAUAAGCUGACAUAUGGCACCAUGGUGUUUAUCCGCGCGAUGAUCGUGGGCGAGUCUGCCAGAGCUCUGUCCAAAUCCUGCACCAUCGCCAUCCGCUACAGCGCCGUCCGCCACCAGUCCGAGUUACGGCCGGGAGAGCCAGAGCCUCAGAUUUUGGACUAUCAGGCUCAGCAGUAUAAGCUCUUCCCCCUGCUGGCUGCUGCCUACGCCUUCACCUUUGUGGGUCAGUACAUGAGUGACACCUACCACCGCAUCACCGGCCACAUCAACCAGGGAGACUUCAGCCAACUGCCUGAGCUCCAUGCUCUGGCUGCAGGUCUGAAGGCUUUCACCACCUGGACUGCGAAUGCAGGUAUAGAGGUGUGCCGGAUGGCAUGUGGUGGGCACGGUUACUUGUGCUGCAGCGGCCUGCCAGACAUCUACGUCACCUUCACUCCCACCUGCACCUACGAGGGAGAGAACACCGUCAUGAUGCUGCAGACUGCCAGGUUUUUGGUGAAGUGUUACCGGCAGGCGCGCGAGGGGCAGCAGCUCAGUGGGACUGUGUCGUAUCUAAAUGAGCAGCAGCGGCUGCAGCCUCAGCCCGUGUCCUCCAGACCAACCGUGGUCAAUAUCAACGACCUGGCCAGCCUGGUGGAGGCAUACAAGCUCCGCGCUGCCAAGCUGGUUGAAGUGGCGGCUAAAAGCCUGCAGGGGGAGCUGCAACGCAGCAUAAGCCAGGAGGACGCCUGGAACAACAGCUCCAUAGAACUCGUCCGAGCCUCUGACGCUCACUGUCACUAUGUGGUGGUGGAGCUGUUUGCUGCUAAGCUGAGUGAAAUCAGUGAUACUGCAGUGCACUCAGUCCUCAACACACUGGCUCUGCUCUACGCUCUGCACGGGAUUACCCUCAACUCCGGAGACUUUCUACAGGCUGGUUUGUUGAGUGUUCCUCAGCUGUCUCAGAUCACUCAGCGGAUAAAGGCUCUGCUGGUGGAGAUCCGGCCAAACGCCGUGGCUCUGGUCGACUCCUUUGACUACAACGAUGAGAUGCUGAAUUCUGUCCUGGGCCGCUAUGAUGGAAAUGUGUACGAGAGCAUGUUUGAGUGGGCCAAAAGGUCCCCCCUCAACCGCACAGAGGUCCACGAAUCCUACUACAAGUACAUGAAGCCUCUCCGGUCCAAACUGUGAGCAAGAACGUCCAUCCAAAAGCAUUAAAAGCACCUUCUCCUAGACAGAGAACAAUCCUUCAAUAAAAUAUCAUUAGAAGACCAUGACUGACCUGCUGCAGUGACCAGGGCCUUUUUUUAAUCAAAGUGACCAGGGCCUUUUUUUAAUCAAAGUGACCAGGGCCUUUUUUUAAUCAAAGUGCUGUUUUAGGAUCAGUUUAAUGUCUUUCACAUUCUAAUGAAUAUCAUAAUAUAGAGGAGGGACCUGAUCCCAGACCAAAAUCUACAAGAAAUGAUUGAUGAACGUGGGCCCAGAUAGAUAUACGUGGUCCAAAGGGGCUGUUGUAGCAUAACAUAAAGGGUAGCAUUAAAGCGCUGGAAGAGUCGAGUGUGGAAAUUGGGGCUGGAAGCAAGCGCUUCAGGGACACAAUGAUUGUUUGUGAUUGGUAUUCUGUGUCUGAUUCUCUCCCGCCUCUCUGUAUCCUGACCAAUCAAAGGGGAGUUCCAUCAAUUUUUUUCCAAAUUUCUGCGUAAUUCAGUCAAGCCAUUCAGACUGCUUUGAUGUGAAAUUGUUCAUUGUAGAGAAACUUAUUGACUAUUGAUGUCUUUACAGUGGUGGUGAUGGGAACCAGGGGUCACAAUGUCUACAAAAGAAAUGUAGCAAUUUAUUUACCAUCCAAAAACACCAGGGAACCUACAUGUUUUCUGAGUGUUUAUAUGAAGUGGUGAUAACAAAAUAGCAGUAAAACUGAUCGCUGGGUACUAGUUUUUCUUAUUGGGGGAAAAAGAAUAAAGUUUUAGGCUGGCAUCUUACAUCUAUUGUUAAAAAAAAAAGGCAUCCGGCAGCGUAUUUGUAACCAUUUCAUGUGAAAGCUUCCUCGUCAGACGUCUUUUUUCUAUCAACACUGCUGUGAACAGUUCUGUCUCUCUAAAAUGGCACAUCAAACCACUCUGUACAACUUGGUUUACAUCAUAAUGAUUCAAUUUUGGGAAAUUAAAAAAAAAAUUGGUGGACUUCCCCUUCAUGAGAGCGAUGUGUGAGAAGUACAUUUUGUAAUCCUGUUUAUUCUAAUAUAUAAUAAUCAUCAUCGGGAUGAAAGCACAUAAUAGGAACCCAUUGGCUUCGGCCAAUAUCAGUAUAACACUUUAAUAUGAAUGUAAUAAACAUGGUUGGUCUACCUGUAAACGUUUUUAACUUCUUUUGAAAUACUGUUUAAUUGUUCAUCUCAUUCACGCGCAGUAAGUGUAGCUUUUUUCACAGAAUGCUGAAAAGGUUGUUGCGUGGUUUAUAGCAGUUGACGUCAUAUAUGUGGGAUCAUUAGGUUCCUUCAGAAAUCCAAAAUGUUCAACUGUGUCUCCACCACUGAGUUUCCACAUUUCAGAAGAUAAUAAAGUGCUAUUUCUGUGGAUGGGAAUGGUGGGAUAUUUUAGAUAUUUAGGUGACUUUUUCAAAAAUCAUGCCUUAAUUCAUCAAACUGUGUCAUUUGCAUUUCUUUUUGUUCUGCACCGGGAAACCAGUUCAUUUGCAUCAUACUUGUUGAGUUAAUCCUUCUUUGCUCAUUUUUAUUUGGACUCAAAUGAAUUUGUAGUCAAACUACUGUGUAACUUAAAAACUGUUAAGACAGUGGAAAUUUCUGAUCGUCACUAUCAAACUGUCUUCUUGAUUAGUCAUUAAUUGAUUAUGAUGAAUAAAAUAUUAAUUUGAAAUGAG